GAUCAGGUGUCAGCGAAUUUAUUCCCCCGUCGUGACACUUGGAAGCUUUGCGAUCCUAGCGUUAGAUGAGACCUUGACGAUGACAAUGGUAGUAGACUGGACACGAUCAUUGUAAAUGGGUUAUAACCUUCUCCCCCGCAUCCUGUACACCCCGCAGAUUUUGCUCUUGUACACCAAUUACGACGUCACACACACACACACACAUGACGUACUAAUAAUUAAUUAACUGGAAUAAUGACGGGACAAUGGGCCUGCUAGCACAUCGAUGGGAAGUGGCUAGUUCGACGAUAACCGGCUGCCCCCCUGACCUACAUUUAAUAUUUUCACAAUGGACAAUGUACCAGCCACCAGGCGGUUCCGACGGAAGUUUUUCACCUGCGUACCACAGAAAACUGGAAUCGACUGUUCGAUUCGCAAAUGCAAUUCCGCAGGUUUGCAUCACGAGAGAUCUUUUUUUAACACGUCAGUGGAGAGGUAAAAGCUUUCAAUAAAAGAUGUGAACACCCCAAAACAAAUUUUGUGGUUCCUAUCCUUGUACUACAUCUACUAAUAACAGUAAGUUUACCGAUAGAUGUUCGAGUAUGUACAUGCACAUGAUGUACAUGAGGAUGCACGGUGUGAUCUUCCUGAGUUUACCAUAAAAUUGGAGGCGGAAAAAGUUUCACACGAGAAAAGCUCUGAUAUUGUUCUUUCAUUGUAAUAAAGGGACUGGCCAUUCUCGUUGGGCUUCUGCAGUACUUGACGUAGUUUACAAUUUAUAUGCUUUUGUCCAUUUGCAAUUUCUACCACAUCUGAUUUGUUGGAAUAAAAAGAAAUCCAAUGAUUGUAUUAUAUUAACACUUUCGUGGUCAAAAGUUAUCCUAAACAGAUCAGAGGCUCAUCGAUUUUUAAUUCUACAUGUCUGCUCUUAUCCUUACGAGCUUGAACGGCCAAAAGGUUCUAAUUUUUUUAGACCAAUGCCAGCGAGCAUUGUCGAGGGCGUGUGCUGCUACGAAAAUGCGAAGGGUAAUUAAAAAUAUAUAGAGCAAUGAUAGCCAAACCUUGUUAUGACACGAACCAUAUUUCGUCUAUUAGAAAUACUGCAGAGAUAUAUCUUCAAUUGGAUCGGUAUUAUGUAUAUGGACGGAUUCAAUUAAAAUGCAAUAGAUGGUUUUAAUGUCUAUAGACCUCAAAAUUUUUCUCUGAGAUCAUCAAAAAGAAUCUUUAAUCUCGCUUGAUUGUUGUAAUAUCGGCUGACAGACGUAUCGCUGUUGCAUAUUCUUUCGCUUUUCGAAAGCCAGAUAUCUACAAGACAAAUCUUUGGCUCGCGAGCCACAAUUUUGCUACUAAUGAUAUAGAGCGAAGGGUCGUGUGUUCCCUUGAAGAAAUUUCGGUUAACAGAGGACAACGCAUCGCGACGGUAAUAACGAUGAUCGAUUCUCGAUCAAUCGCAAUUGUAUUCACUUUUGUCGUAGUGGGGAGUCUAUUUGAGGCGUCGCGACGCUGUGGUGCAAUGGUCAGAAUCACUUGGUGGGUCGUAUCACGGCGAAAGGUGAAGAGAGAAGUGGCCGUCAGAAGGGAGAGUCGUAGCCAAGCAGCGCUUGCAUGCUGAUCGUCUACCGGAAACGCGAAAAACUUUCACGAGUGGAAGAAGUGAAAUUUGUAAGGUGACCCGGAACUUCACUGUUCGUCCUAUAGGAUGGCGGCGGAUGAUCCCCUCUGCAACGAGCCUCUAGUUUCCGUGGAGUUCGAAGUCUUCGGCAAAGUCCAGGGUGUAUACUUUCCAAAGUACGUGAGGGACAUAUGCCAGGAACUGGGGAUUUCCGGCUGGGUGAAAAACACAAAGUCCGGCACGAUACUCGGAAAAAUGCAGGGGCCACGUGCUCUCGUCGAUCAAAUGGCACAAUGGUUGACAAACGUCGGAAGCCCAGGUAGUCAGAUUGAUCGUACUGAAUUCACAAAUUGGGAGGCCAUCAGUAGGCCGCAGUACAAAGGAUUUGCUAUACGUUUCUAGUUGUACGAUUUCUAACAUCCUUGGAAUCCAAAUCAUAAAAUCAUAUGCGUUUUGAAAACGCGUAUCACUGAUUGCCAACGUAUUUUGACUAAUUAAAAGAUACGUCCGCAAUUAAAUUGUAUUUUAUGAUAGUUUAAAAGAUUGAUAAGUUUUGCAACAUUUGUAUAUAUAAAUUACAAGUUAUGCAUAUCAAUAACUGCGAGACGUAACAGAUAAGAAAAUUGAAAACAGUUAGUUAAUACUGAUUCGAUCUAAAUGAAAUGUGAGAAUUAAAUAAUCCAUGAAGUAAUAAAAUUUUUGUAGCUCUUUAA